CGCGUGAUUACCUGAUAUACUUUCAUUAAAUAUGUAUAUGUACUGUGUACUAUGUACAUAUAUGAUGUUCAUAAUUUCUCUCAAUAUACAUACUAAUUUAAAAUUAUUUUGGACAAAAAAUUAGAAAAAGAAAAAUAUAAUUUUAAAUGAAAAGUUCAAACAAUCAUUAAGGCAAUUACUAUUUAACAAGAAAAGUAAUAAUGUGGGUAUUUGGUUAUGGUUCACUGAUAUGGAAAGCGGACUUUCCUUACGAAGAAAUUCUCGUUGGAUACAUCAAAGGAUAUAUCAGAAGAUUUUACCAGAAAAGUAUAGAUCAUAGAGGAAUACCUAGUAGACCUGGUCGUGUUGUAACAUUACUUAAUUCUGAUAAUCCUAAUGAUGAAGUAUGGGGUGUUGCUUAUAGAAUAUCACCCCAAAAUAUAGAUAAAGUAGUAAAACACUUGGAUUACAGAGAAAAAGGAGGUUAUGAAAGAAAAAGUGUUCUCUUUUAUCCAUCUUAUUCCAUUAAAAAUACUGCACCAUAUUCUUUAACAAAUAAUACUUUUCCAAAUGAUCUUAAAAAUAAAAAACUAUUAUCAUCAGUUUCAGAAAAUAUGCCAUUUUAUAUUACAAUUUACAUAGGUGGUGAAGAUAAUCCAAAUUAUGCAGGUGUAGAGGACAUAUAUACAAUAGCAAAACAGAUAUUAGUGUCUCAUGGUCCUAGUGGAACAAAUACAGAAUAUUUAUAUAAUUUGGCAUCUGCGAUGCGAGUAAUAGCACCAGGUAUAAAUGAUGAACAUUUAUAUACACUUGAGACAACUGUGAAAAUGUUAGAGCAAGAAAAAAAUACGGAAAUGAAAUUGGAUAAAAAUUUAUGUGAUAGUGAGAAUGGAUAAGAAAUGUGUUUCUUUAAUAAUAUAUUUCAGAGCUGAAUAAUGUAACCAAAAGUUUGUACUUAAAACUUUGGAAAAUAGGCAAAUUAUUUGUAUUAUCUGUGUAAUUAGAAAAAAUAAAUAAAACCUUUGUAUAGUAUGAAAUUUUAUAUCUUCACAUAAUAUAAAUAAAAGUAAUCUAUAAUUGAUAAUAGAAAUGUAUAAUAAGAAAAGGAUGUUAUUUUUAUUAUAAUAUAUUACCAUAUAGUAUUCUUGUUUAAAUAUCUAUUAAUUUGUACAUAAUAAGAAUGAAUGAAUGUAAAAAGCUUCAUUUUAUAAAAUGUAUAAAUGUAUUCAAAAAUCAUUCUUGUUUACUAUUUAUACAUGUAUAAAUAUAUAUUAUGUUAACUAAUGAAGUAGCAUAACAAAUGUAAAAAUUAAAAGCUGACUCAUAAACUACAUCUAUGGAAUACUAAUAGUUUAAAAAAUUUUUUCUAUAUUAUAUUAAAUCAUCUGAUACUACAAAAAUGAUCACAUACUAAUAACUUAUGUAUACUUAAGGUUCCUAACUGUAAUAUUGAGAAAGGAAAUAUCAAGAAGAAAAUGAUUGUAUCAGUAGAUUUUAAGAAAAAUAUUCUACGUAUUGCUGAAAUACAUAUAUGUGCAUCAUUUCAAAUUUUUAGUAUUGUAAUAAAAUCAAGAUUAUUAAUCUACA